UUUUCAUGGUCCUCAACAUUUCUCAACUUAGAGACACGAAAAAAACUAAGUCAAGAUAGAAGUCUGCAUUCACUUACUUUGACAUUAUUAUUCUGCAAGUUUUAAUUAUUAUUAAUAAGAUCAAUAAUUUAACUCUUAUAUAAAAAAGAAAUAUUAAGCUAUUCUACGUAUGUUCUUUAUUACAUAGAAUUUACAAGGUUUUUAUACAAAAUAAGCACAACAUGUUAUUUGAAGAUCCAUUUAAAGCUGGAAACAAUGGCAAUAGUGAUACAGAUUUGUGGCUGAAAGAGAGUUCGAAAAGUCAUUCGAUAGUCUUCGAGAGAUACAAUGCAUUCGAUGAUGCUUCAAUGGACUCGACAUCAGCAAUAAGCAUUGGACAACAGCCAAAUGCAAUUUUGGACAUGUUUGAACGUAACACGACGCACCAUUUGAUGAUGAUAUCAUUAUUGGAAUAUAUAUGUUUCUUACAUGCUCAAGAUGAGACUGACAGUGGAGAAUUGUUUAAAAUUGUCUGUGAAAGACUUUCUAAAAUGAAGCUGAUGCCAGAAAACUUGUAUCUUGAUGAAUUUAAAGCUGUUCGUAUAAAGCAUCAAUCUGCUCUCACAGACUUAAUGAAGGGAGCCAUUCAAAGUAUGCAGACAGGAGGAGUAUCUUCACUAUAUCCUGAAAAAUUAUGGCAAGUUAAAGUGACUAGGGAUGUGGCAUCAUUUGGAUAUCGUUCUUGGUAUAAUGAUAUGUUUGACUGUGAAGAAAACAUUGGUCAUGGUGGUUUCGGUCAUGUUUUGAAAGUCAGAAAUAAAUUGGAUAGAAAAUAUUACGCUAUCAAGCGAGUAACGUUAUUGGACUCGCAUCCUGAUGCUUGUUUGAAGACGUUACGUGAAGUACAAAUCAUUUCAAAUUUAAACCAUCCUAACAUUGUAAGAUACCAUUCAUCAUGGCUGGAGUAUGGUUCUGACAUGCAGGAUGAAGAUGAAAAGUUUGGUAUGGAGGAGAUAAAAAGUUCUCAAAGAACACGACAACAUUCAACAUAUGAUGAUAAACCAAUCAAAAACGACAUUUUUAUUGGAAAAUUUGGUUUAAAUCCGCUAACAUUUAAAAGCAAACUUGCAAUAAAAGACUCACACGCUUUUCCCAACCAGGUUGUUAAGAAGACGGUCUUACUAAGACGAAGUAUAUCAAAUGGGAACGUGCCAUAUAGUGCCCAGUCUUUUGAUGACGUUUGUUACUGCAUAAAUUCAAGCGAAAAUGAAACACGGAAAAAGUCCAAACAGGCUUCAAUGAAAUUGUUUUUGUAUAUUCAAAUGGAAUUAUGUCACGGCACUCUUCAAGAUUGGUUAAGAGAUCGUAAUUCAAAAAUAAAACAUACCAGAGAUGUUGAGUCUGUUUUAAACAUGGAAAUUUUCAACCAGUUGUUGUUAGGUGUUCAAUACAUCCACAAAAAAUAUUUACUUCAUAGAGAUAUAAAACCUGCAAACAUUUUUAUCAAUGUUCAAAAUCAAGAAAAAAUCCUUGUAAAGAUUGGCGAUUUUGGGCUAGCGAGACAUGAUAAUAAUCCGAAAUCACCAUCCGAUUAUCACGGCCCGUUCCGUUUUAGCUCGGCAGAUUCGAAUGACAAUUCAGAAUGGUCACAGAGUGGUAAACACCAUCAAACUGCAGGUAUUGGGACGACAACGUAUGCCGCUCCUGAGCAGAAGGUCAGUCAUGAGUAUACCAACAAGGUGGACAUAUACAGUCUUGGAAUUAUAUUAUACGAGCUUAUAAAGCCAUUUGACACUGAGAUGGAACGAAUUCUCUCAAUAAAGGCAGCACUGAAAGGAACCCUAUGUCCAGAUGUGAAAAAGGUUUGGGUAAAAGAGAGUUCAUUUGUAUUAUCGAUGACAUCGCUGUAUCCCGCUGAUCGUCCGUCAGCGAGCGAAGUGUUGGCGUCAAGUUUAUUUUUAAAUAAAAAUAACGAGUGCGAAGAUCUUCAAGCCAUCAUAAAGAAGCAAUCAGAAGAGAUUGAGAAAUUAAAACAGUUACUAUCACAAAAAAACAAUCUCAAUAUAUGUUUGAAGUGUCAAGCGCUAUGUACACACAAGAUUGAAUACCAUACCAAGUAAUGAUUGAAUACCAUACCAUGCAGUGAUGCACGUUAUUUAUACCGAUCGUCUUUACAAAGAAAUAAAAAGUCCAACUGUCACGCAAUUUUUAUGAAUGUUUAAUAUUUUCUCUAUUGUAAAUUAUAACUUCUAAAUUUAUAUAUGUAAAAGAACUUUAUAUUUAUAUCGAAUUCCGAAUGUUAUUGUUUAAUAAUAUGCCGAAAUA